GUAAUAUGGACGUCACAUCCCCCUCUUCAGAAAACUGGAGUAGGAAGCGGAAAGGAACAAGUUGAAAUUCUCUUUUGUGUUGAUGGUCUGAGCUGUUUAACGUUAAAUCCUCAAGCAAUUUAGAGCUAUUUGACACAUAUAUAUAUAACUCAAGAUUACAGGUCUCUUUGAAAAACUGUCAAUACGAAGGGGGAAAUAACAGGAAAUCAACAUGAACCUAGAGCGCCUUCCCAAUGAGGAGAAACUCACCCUCUGCAGGAAAUACUAUUUAGGGGGAUUUGCAUUCCUUCCGUUCCUGUGGCUGGUGAAUGUGGUGUGGUUUUUCAAAGAGGCCUUUGUAAAGCCAACAUAUACUGAACAACUUAAGAUCAAAACAUAUGUAAAGCGAUCAGGGCUGGGGUUGCUACUGUGGGUUGCAGUACUCACCACAUGGAUAACCAUAUUCCAACACUUCAGAGCAGAAUGGGGUGAGGUGGGCGACUACCUCUCCUUCACCAUUCCACUUGGCAUUCCCUGAGACAGACAAGGCGGGGAAACAAGAAAGCUUCCUACUGUAUAAAACUUUACCAUGACAGAAUGAAUAGACAAAUCUAACAUAAGUUGAAAUAGUUAAGUGUAGUUGAUCAAUGGAUAAUCAUAGUAAUUUUUCUGGGCUUUAAUGAGUGGGAAGAUGUCCUAUGAACACUGCACCUUUUCCCCAAAUUGUGUCUAGUGUGUGGAUGUCUCAACACGUUUGAGUAAAUUUGGAAGGUUGUACAGGCGAAUGGUAUGUAUGACAAAAAUAAAUAGCAAAUUCAUUAACUUUCUAAAUUAAAUGGAAGUGUAUGCCUUUUUUAUUUGCUGUAAUAAAGUUGAGUUUAGAUGCCA